AUGUCAAAAAUAUUCGAUAAAUCUCGUGCACGAGGUGGUUUGGAUGAAAUAGUUACAGUACAUUCAGCGGAAUAUACACCUGAAGAAUCCAUUUCCAAAUUAGGAGGCGAGAACCACCUUGCUCUGCAUGAGGGUCAUCAACUCAGAAGAGAUCUUAAACCACGUGUGAUCAGUAUGAUAUCCAUUGGAGGAGCCUUGGGAACAGGAUUGCUUAUUGCUGUCACAACAGCUCUUGCAAAUGCCGGACCUGCAAGCGUUUUGAUAUCAUAUUCUAUUGUUGGAGCCAUGGUUUACUUCGUCAUGUGUGCUUUGGGAGAAAUGGCUUCUUUCAUUCCAUUGCCGGAGGGAUUUGCUGGCUAUGCCAAAAGAUAUUGUGAUCCUGCACUUGGAUUUGCAGUUGGUAUAGCUUAUUUAUGCAAAUACUUAAUUGUUGCACCAAACCAGUUGGUUGCUGGUGCCCUUGUCAUGCAGUACUGGGUCUCCGCCGAUAGAGUUAAUCCAGGUGUGUGGGUUGCUAUUAUUCUUGCCGUGGUUCUUUUCAUUAAUUAUUUUGGUGUUAAAUUUUUCGGUGAGUUUGAAUUUUGGCUUUCAUCACUUAAGGUUAUAACCAUGAUAGGCUUAAUUAUUCUCUUGUUUGUUAUUAUGUUAGGAGGGGGACCUACCCAUGAUAGAAUAGGCUUUAGGUAUUGGAGUAAUCCUGGGGCAUUUGCACCCUACGAAGGUGUUCAGCCUACAGGUUUAGCGAAAUUCGUUGCAUUUUUCUCUGUUAUGGUUACUGCAGUUUUUGCAUAUUUGGGAACAGAGUUGGUUGGUGUUACGUUUGGCGAAGCAAAAAAUGCAAGGUAUUCUAUUAAGAAGGCUAUUAAACUUACCCUUAUCAGGAUCAUAUUCUUUUAUGUAUGUUCCGUUCUUUUGCUUGGUUGUUGUGUUGCCUACAAUGAUCCAUCAUUGAUUGCUGCAAAGAAGGCCAAAGUUUCUACUGCAGCUGCCUCAGCAUUUGUGGUUGCAAUAAAUAAUGCUAAAAUUAAAGGAUUGCCUCAACUUCUAAAUGCUUGCAUUCUUUUAUUCAUAUUUUCUGCGACGAACUCGGAUGUUUAUACUGCAACCAGAAAUGUUUAUGCUCUUUCAGCUAGUGGCAUGUUUCCAUCAUUUUUUUCUAAGACCAAUAAACGUGGAGUUCCAAUUUAUGCACUAAUAUUUGCCGGAAUGUUCUGUCUCUUGGCUUUCAUGGUUUGCUCUAGUUCCUCGCAGAAAAUUUUCAAUUAUUUUGUGAACGUUGUUUCCAUUUUUGGCUUGUUGACUUGGAUAUCAAUUCUUGUGACGUAUCUUUAUUUUCUUCGGGCAGUAAAAGCGCAGGGCUACGACAGGAAAAAAGAUUUUGUUUACACGGCACCAUUCCAACCAUGGGGAACAUACAUCACGUUAGGAGCAUGCUGCUUCGUGGCAUUAAUAAAAAACUUUACUGUGUUUAUUGGCGACUUUGAUUACAAAACGUUCAUCACAGGUUAUAUUGGAAUUCCUGUCUUUUUGUUUGCAUUAUUUGGCUACAAAAUAUUUUAUAAAACAAAAACUGUCAAUCCAUAUGAGGCGGACUUGAUUACCUAUAAGGCUCAGGCCGAUGAGGAUCAGGAAGAAUAUGAAAACAAACUGGCAGAGAAGGUUGCUAGAAGGAAGGAGCUUGGUAAGGGAAAAGAUAUGGAAUGGUGGUAUGAUCACACUCUAGGCUGGUUCUUCUGA